UGAAAUUGUUUCUCUUUUGGGUGAUAUGGCCAAUCGUACGGAUCCGUUGGCUAUUCAUGCACACGGUUUCGAUCCACAGUUCUUGAUAGAUAAAAUAACAAGAGAAAAAAUAUACCAAUGCGCUUAUUGGAAAGCAGAAUGCUUUGGUUUGACUGCAGAAACAUUGGUAGAUAAGGCUGCAGAACUAACUUAUGUGGGUGGGUUGUACGGUCCACUGAAGAAACCCACACCCUUUAUCUGUCUCAUCUUGAAACUUUUACAACUAAGUCCUGAUAAGGAAAUCAUUCACCAAUAUUUGCAACAAAAGAAAUUCAAAUAUCUAACUGCUUUGGCAGCUUUCUAUUGGAGACUUGUGGGAAACGGAACGGACGUGUACCGUUGGUUGGAACCACUGUAUGAAGACUUUAGAAAACUUCGAAUUAGGAGAGAAAAUAAAUAUGAACUCAUUCACGUUGACGAAUGUAUUGACGAACUGCUUCAAAAAGAAGACGUAUGUGAUAUAAAAUUGCCUCGAUUGCCCAAUCGAAACGUCCUCAUGGAAGAUAGACUGCUUGCACCAAGGAAGAGUAAACUGGAACAAGAACUGGAAGAAGAAUUGCAACAAACCGACCCAGCUAUAGAGAAGCAAAGGUUAUACUCAGAAAACGAACCACGGGAAGAAAGCCGGCAACCGACAGAGCCAAAAGUUUAUCGGUCUUUGCGUUUCAGAGACCUACUGGUUCAGGCGAGUAACCGCACCAAGGGUCGUAAUCUUAUGGAGCAAGAAAUACAACGCAAGUUGGAAGAAUCUUCGGAAGAAGCUAGGUCUUUAGCAGAGUGGAAUCGACUUCGCAAAGAACUUGGUUUGCAACCACUCAAGUGAUGAAAACAUCCCGUUUUUUCAUAUCUAUUUAUUUUCAUACAAG